AUCCUUUAUAUUAUUUAAGCUUAUCUUAGUACGUCACCGCCCACAUUAAUUGGAUUCAUUUUCUUUUGAAUUCAUGAAAGCAAAAGAAGAGGUGCCCACCAUGAGAGAUGAUGGUGCCACCCCCACACUCCUAUAAUUUUUAUAUAAGGAGGCCGUGAGGAAUCAUGAGUGGAGCAUGAGAAGAGUUGGGGGAGAUGGAGUUGCUCCUCAUUAAUCUCUGCCUUUUUCUUCUCUUCCCAACUGUGGCUCCAUUAACGGAGGUUUCAUCGAGCUCUUGUUCUUCUCAAUUUGAGGCCAUCCGCACCACCCUCAACUCUUCCGGCAUCCACCUCCCCCUCCACCACCGUCAAAGCCCCUGCUCCCCUUCACCACCACUGAACUCCGGCAUCCCUUUCUUUUCGCUCCUUCUCCACGACGCCCGCCGUGUCGCCUACCUCUCCCACCGCCUCACCUCCGGCCACCCCGUCUCCCUCCCACUUUCCCAAGGCUCCUCCCUCGGCGUCGGCAACUACAUCGCCCGCAUACAAAUCGGCACUCCGCCGAAGCCAUUCUCUGUCAUCGUCGACACCGGAAGCUCGCUCUCUUGGCUCCAAUGCCUUCCCUGCAAAGUCUCCUGUCAUCUUCAGGUCGGAGCUCUUUUCGAUCCCACUGCAUCGUCUACUUAUGCUCGUGUUCACUGUUCGGCCUCCGCCUGCUCUGCUCUUUCCUCCGCCACUCUCAAUCCUUCUUCUUGUACGCGCUCCGGUGACUGUGUGUAUGCGGCUACGUAUGGAGACUCCUCCUUCUCUGUCGGCUACCUCUCUCAGGACACCCUAGCCCUCUCCCCUGCUUCCAUCCACGGCUUCGUCUUCGGUUGCGGACAGGACAACGAAGGUCUCUUCGGCAAAUCUGACGGCCUCAUCGGCCUCGCGAAGGACCAUCUCUCCCUUCUCAGCCAGCUCUCUACAACAUACGGCAAUUCCUUCUCCUACUGCCUCCCUUCCUCCUCCGGCUCCGGCUAUCUCUCCUUCGGCUCCUACACUCCUUCAAACCUUGCCUUCACCCCCAUGGUCUCCUCCUCCCUCGACAAGUCUCUCUAUUUCCUGAAGCUCACCGGCAUAACAGUCCAAAGCCGAACUCUUUCCGUCUCCGCGUCAGUCUAUGCCGGCACGCCGACCAUCAUUGAUUCGGGCACAGUAAUCACGCGGUUGCCGGAUGAGAUCUAUUCGGCGUUAAGCAAAGCGGUGGUGGCAGCGGUCGGAAGAAAGAGGCAGCGAGUUUCGGCGUACUCGAUUUUAGACACUUGUUAUGUGGGAAGUGGUGAGGGGAUGGCGGUGCCGGAUGUGCAGUUGGUGUUCGCCGGAGGGGCGGUGUUGAGGUUGCCGGCGAAAAAUGUGAUGGUGGAUGUGGAGAAGGGGAGGACUUGUUUGGCUUUUGCGGCGGCAGGAAGAGUUGCAAUUAUUGGGAAUAAGCAACAAGAGGGGUUUAAGGUGGUGUAUGAUGUGGGGAAGGGGAGGAUUGGGUUUGCCGCCGGUGGGUGUGGGUGAGAAUUGUGGGUGGGUGGCAUUAGUUAGAAGGUUGUGAAGGAAAAUAAGCAGGUUGUGCGGUGCACUCUGAAUAAUUGGAAUGAAUAGUUGAAUACCUUUAAAAUUAUUUUUAUUUUUAAGAAAAUGUGUGAUUGAUCUCCAUUAUUUAGAGUGGAUUCAUGGUGGAGGUGGGAGUUAUAAACAUGUAAUUACACCAUUAAUUGGUAGGGUUGUGGUAUGAAUUAUGAUUUUGAUUGGAUUAAAAAUGUAAAUGUCUUUGAAACAUAAUGUAUUCGUUGAUGUUUGUAGUAUAUUUUUGAUGUGUUCGUUUA